ACACUAAGAGGUUACAUUCAUGGAUAACCAACAAGAUAAGGCUGUUGUUGCCUCAGCCAAUGGAGAAAACACUCUGAAUAAUGGGGUCAAAGAAAAUGACUCAGAGAACCAGGAUAUGGCAAUGAAGUCAUUUGCAGCUCUAGAGGCUGCUGCACCUGUACAGCCUAUACCCAUGGUUCAAAAAGAGACCCUGAUGUAUCCCAGGGGUCUCUUGCCUCUGCCCUCCAAGAAACCCUGUAUGCAGAGCCCUCCCUCUCCUUUGGACCUGAUUGAAGCACCUGAGCAUGCUGCUAAUAGUGCUUCUGUGAAUGCCAUCUCCCUUACAUCUGGUGUUGGAAAAGGCCUAAACACAUGGUCACUGCCCAAUGAGUGUGAGAAAGCUUCAUUUGCCAUAAUGGAGCCUGCAGGCUUGUCAGCUCUGAAUGGGGACUGCCUCAUGCAGCCAAGCCGGACUUGCUUGGGCUGCUUCAUGGAAUCUAAGGAUACAGUAGAUCCUGAGCCAGGGAUCAGUCUAAAAGUUGGUGAUCUAAAUAGGGAUUAUGAAACUUGUGCAGUCUCUGAUAUAGGGAUUCAGUGUAUUAAUGCUGGAGAAAAUAUGAAAUACGGAGAGCAGCUGCUCUCAGACCAGCUUCUCGGCUUCCCCCUACACAAAUCAAGGGCAGGAGAUAGACGAGAAGCUGAGAAACCUGACAUCGACUUGGAGGAUCCAGCUCAGAAAAGUUAUUACGAGGCAUUACUGUUAGAUAAGUGCAACACGGAAGAAGCUUUGCUGGCAAAUUCCAAUCAGGAUUGGGGUUACUUUGAGACUUUUAUUAGUGAGAGUAAGAUUGAACUUCUUGACCUAUGUUCUAAGAAUGAGCUGUCUGUCAACCUAUUCUCUGAAGAAGAUGUGGAUAACUACAUGUUUGAUGAUGAUGAGUCAACACUGGGCAGUGAUGUCUGCUCCUUGAAAAUUCGAUAUGAGUCCUUCCAGGACAAUGUCCGAGACAAGACUACCCUUCUGAUGCAGGAGGAUGCACAAUUCAACUUUUUCCCCAGUGUAUUUACUACCUGCUCCAAGCGGGAGUGUAAAAGUGGGGCCCUGAAGCAGAACAGCGAUCUUUCCCAAUUCAAGGUCCCUGAUGUGAGCAUCAUCUGGGGAGAGGAAGAUAAAAAUCUAGACAAAAAGAAAGGCAAAGGAGAAGGGCAGGAAAAUAAAGAUGUAGAGAAAAAUGAUGGAAAGGAAAAUGGAGAAAAAUCUGCCUUAAAUAAACCAUGCAGUGGGACUGAGGAAGGGCAAUUUAAGAAUCCAAAACAAGGCCAUCUUGCCAAUUCCUUGGAGUCAUCAGGGAAUUUCAGUGAUGACAGUUCCUUCAUUGAAGUCUCUUAUGAUGCCAUGGGAGAGAUCAAAGACUGUAGCCGUUAUAUGGCUCGGGAUAAUAAUUCUGGUGGCUCCUCCACCCAGCAGAACUAUGGGCUGCGAGUAAAGAGAAAAGUCAGGUACAGUGAAGAUUAUCUAUAUGAUGUUGACUCACUAGAGGGUGAAAAAGUAAAUGAGAGGAAGGAAUGGAUUCCAGGUGGUUCCAAAGAGGAAGAUGAUGAUGAAUGGUGUCCCAAGAAGAGAAGAAAAGUAACCCGGAAAGAGCCCCCUGUUAUUAUCAAAUACAUUAUCAUCAAUCGCUUUAAAGGUGAGAAGAACAUGCUAGUGAAGUUGGGUAGGGUGGAUGCUAGUGAGACAACAGUGAAUUUGAGUGAGCAUCAGCUAAACAAAUAUGCCAAGCUGGCGCCCUUGAAGGGCUUCUGGCAGAAGAAGAAGAAGCAGAGAAACAGCAACACAGACUCCAACAAGACACACUUAUGCCCAAAGCAAAUCUUUGAAUCAGGUAGCUUUGAGGUGUCAUUCCUGCCACCUGCUCGCAAACGAAAAUGUAAACUUGGAAACAGGCACAGGAUUCAAAGAAUCCCAUCCAUGGAAACUUCAGCAAGUGCUAAGCAAAUUUCAUUCUACAAUGAUCAGAGGAAAGCUAUUAGUCUUAAAGAAGAUGGAAGCCUGAAAGAUGCACAGAAAUCACCCCCUCUGGCUGCUCCCAGCUGUGCAAAUGGAUCACAUUUAAAUAACAUCACAAGCCCUGACUCAAUGAAAUUCAAAGCCCAAGAUGCAGAAUUUAAGGGGCCAGAGAGGAAAGUGCUCAACAAAAUCAAAUUUAAAAGUGAAGCCAAAUUAAAAUCUAAGAAAAUCAAAGCUGGGCAAGAAAGCAAGCCAGUUGUUCAAAUGAGUCCACUUUUGGAAGACAGAUCCUCCAAGACUAAUUUAAAUAAUGAAGCUAUUCCUGGGACCUCAAACAGUUCCCAUCUAUCUGAAUUUCGUGAGGCAAAGGCUGCUAAGAAUUCUACUUUCCUACCAACAACCUGCUCUUCUGAAAUGCCUCUAUCAUCUGCUAAUGUUACCACCAAUAUACCUGUUAUCCCUGGAGGGUAUCUACAGACAUUGUUAGAUGCUUCUGACUUGUCAAAUAAUAGUGUUAUCUCAUACUUCACUCACCAUUCCCCAGAACAAAAUGAAGGCAGCCUCACUCAUACAGAAAAAUCGUUUGUACCUCUCCAACCUGACCAGGACUGUGUGCUUUCCUCACCUUCUGAGUCUGAGCUACAGCAGUCAUCCCAAAACUUCAAAAUGGAAUCAAGCAACUAUGGAAAUAUGUGGCCCAACAAGCCUACUUCUGGUCCCCAGGAAUUUAUAGCUGAAGUCUCAAGGGAGACAGCCCCAACCCAAUCCAGUGAAUUUGGAGUCUCCCAGGUAGUGUCCAUGGAAAAUAACCUCACAGCUGCAACAUACAAUCCAAUCUGCCUCAAUAGCGGUGAUGGUGGUUGCAACAAGGUCCUAUAUGCCUCUGUGCAAGACACCCAUCUUCCAUCUGAUGAGUCUUAUCAAUUAUGUCACUUUAAUAAUGGCGAGAUCUGCUUUCCUUUCCAUCAAGACCCAGUCAAUAUAGAUGAUGGUAGACUAUUUAGCUUUGAUUCCAUGGCCCCACUCUCUGUCAAUUCAAGCAAUUAUUGCUCCUUACGCUUGAAGUCCUGUGAAAAGGAUCCUGAUGAGGAUAUCACUGAUAACUUCCUGGCCCAUUGUAGCCCCAAGCUGGUGAUCCAGCAGAGCAUUGAUGAAAUAGCACCACUAAAGGAAUCCACUGAUCUCCUUGAUAUCUCCAACUUCACUCCUGACAAAUUCCGCCACUCUUCCCUCUCAGAGAUGUCCCCACCAGACACCCCCAGUAUUUCCCCUCAAAUUACCAGAUGUGACAGUACAAAGACACUAGGAACACUGAAGGGAUUCCAAGAGGGUGUCCCAGGAUCACUGAGCAAUAUGGACAAGAUCAAGUGGGACUGCACUACCCUUCCACAACAAGUCCAAGUGGAGGAUGGAUUUUCUUUAAAUAGUCAUCAGUUUCAGUUCCAUAUGUUCAAUGAUGAUGAUUCUGUCAGCCUGCUCCAAAAAAACCCUUGCUUAUCAACAUUUGAUGAUCCAUCUGAUAAAAUGAAUGCCAAUAACAAAGUGUUGAAAUCAAGAAAGAAAAGUUUUCCCAACAAGAGUGGGUCUGUGAACCAAAGCUCUUCUCAGAAAAAUACCAGGAAAAAAUCCCCCAAAACCACCACCAAAGGGAUUGAAAAGCCAUCUGGUAAAACCUUCCGCCAGGUCCCUAAGUCAAUAAAGAAAGGGAAAUACAUAGCUGCAAUCAAUGGAGAGAAAAUGCAAAUUGGCAUUGGCCACGAGAGAGGUCAAAUCAACAGCCUAUGCUCCACAGGGAAGACACUAACCGAAUGUAUCCAACAUGGUGGUCUUGGGGCCUCUAUGAAGAUGCCAAAUCAGAAGGGACUUUCUGGAGGUUGGGCUUUGGGUAAAGACAGCAGCCCAGGCUGGAGCAACAUGAGCAUGGGCACCAACACCAACAGCCUCCUAGAUGAUGACCAGCGGGAGUUUCAGGAGCCUUCUUAUAUCUUGUCCAACAUUGCCUCUGGUAUGGCAGAUGUGCAGAGAUUCAUGAUGGCCUCCAUAGAGCCCCUAUGGGAGCCCACACAGCACCAUGGGGACCCCAACAUAUUCUAUUCCCCUGAGUCCAAUAGUCUAAAAUUAAAAACCCUCAAAAUAUUGGCUGGAACACCACAGGAAUCUAAGAAAAAAGUCAACAGUGGGUCACCAGGAGCCACUAAGAAUCACAGGUCUAUCAAGGGUGUGAGUAAAAGCAAUGGGAAAGCAGCAGUAGGUGAUCCUGGUGGUGCACACAUGCCUGGUUAUAAUGAGGACUCUCAAUCUGCCUUCUUUGAUAAAAAGUGUAAUAACCUGAGUACUUUCGGUAAUAAUGGACCAACACACAAAAAGUUAUAUCGUCACAAAACCAGCACCAAGGCCCUGAGAGAUGAGAAGUGUAAAGGAAAGCGUGUGGAGCGAGAACUGGUCCAAAAGGAUGAGGCUGGGACAGCUUCUUUUGAAAAACUGAGGGAUUCCGACUACAAUCUCCUAAAAGCAGAAACAGCAUUUUGGGUUUUACCUGUAUUUGAAGAAGAGGCUCACAUUUUCCAGAAAGACAUUUGAUGUUUCUAUUUUAUUUCUUUAAAAAUAUACCUUGUGGUAUGUAUGUUGACGUGUAAGUGCUUAAAGAAAAGAAUUUUAAAGUGUGAGAAUAAGUCUUUGAAAGCAAACUUUAAUCUGAUAUUCUUUGUAAAAGACUUUAAAGUCACACAGUUGCACAAGAAGUUUAUGCACUAUUAACCCAAGGGGAAAAAAGGCAAACAUUGUGCCAAACUACAAACAAGUGACUCUAUUGUAUAUAUUUUUACUUCUGUCAACAUUUGGUUGUGAGUAUUUGGGGAGCUUAUCCCUGUUGAUUUACUAGAAAUAUCCCAGUGAUUCUUGCUAUUAACCACCCCACUUUUGUGGAUAGCACCUAUAGAUCACAGUGGAAACAUAUGUUGUGCUACACAAUUUACCAAAACUUAAAAAUGCUGUUUGAGAUGUGCCAAAUUUUCUUACCUCAUCUCAUAGAUUCACCCCACAGUUUAAAUAGCAUUAAUGGAUUUUUAAGUAUAUUAUAUAUGUGCAUACAUACAUUAUUUAAAAUUUUCAAACUCUACUGUACUAUGUGGAAACAUGAAGAAUUAAGCAUGGCACAAUAAAGGUUUGUUUAUUCCAUUUUUGGAGGGUUAAAAUGUUGGAAAAGUCUGGAAGUGAUAACAGCUAAGUCCAUCAGGGACCCAAGUAUAUACAUUUACAGAAUGUUUUAUAAGGAAACUUUAAAGUUUGUUUUCUAAAAGCAAAAUCUGUAGCUGAAAAUUAUUUAAAGUGCAAAGUUAUAUUGCUCAUACUUUAUAUCUCAGUUUUAUAUAUUUUAUAAUAGUCUGGGAUAAAUUAUAAAAUAGCUAUAAAUCAACACUAAUGGUAAAUUAAGUACAUAGAUUGUUUUUAUUUAAAUAGUUUCCUACAUGUUUUAUUCCAGUUUUGUCAAAAGUGCACUCAUAUCAUGGCUUUAGUUGUUCUCUAAGUGCUUAAUCUUGCAAUGCCAAUGUCAUUUAAAGAAAACAUUAAGACAUCUCAGUACAACUCUUAUGGGUUACGUGUGUGUGUGUGUGUGUGUGUGUGUGUGUGUGUGUGUGUGUGUGUGAUAAAAUGAACAAUUUGUGGUAAUGAUUAAUUUUGAGGCCAUAUACACUUAGUCUGAGGAUGAAUAGUAUUUGAAGCCACGCACUAUACUUAAAUUUCAAUUUAUAUAUAUUUUUGAAAUCACAUUUUUUAUUCAAUCCUCCCCCCCCCUUUUUAAAUUUCACAGCUCCAACAUCUCUCACUGCUAGCUUUUUUCUUCCCCUUUAUUUACCACUUUACUUCUAACAUUUGAUCUAUUUUCCUUGCACAGUUGAAGGUCUGUGCAUCUGAUGAUGGGUGCAUUAUGGCACAGAUGAGAUAAUGGAUGUGAAAGCGCUUUGUAGAUCAUAAAGUGCUAUACAGAUAUAGGGGAUUAAUAUUAUUAAUGUUGUUGGUUGUUGUUGUUGUUAACCUUACUAUUCUUACUAAUACUGUUACUAACCUAUUAACCUUUAAAUAUAUAGGCUGUGGGUGGGAGGGUGGAGACUAGUGGGUGGGAGAAAGGGGGAUUUAAAAAAGGGGGAAGAUGUUUAAAAGGAAAUUUUAAGCAAAAUAUGAAUCUACCUAGUUAUUGCCACCUAACAGAGAAGAAACAUUUGAAAGUAGUCAGAAAUGGAAGGAAGCCUGUCACAUGUAUUAAUAUACACACUUCCCAGUCCAUUAAUUUUUUCACCAGCCUGCUCUACUACUUAUAACUAGGUUGCAAAAUGAACAAGCCUGUGUUCUUGAUGGUGUGAUUGUGUGUGUCUGUAGGGAUGAGUGGGUGAGGAGCAUUUUGUGAAGCUGCUUCAGGUCUAGAAAAUUAUUUACUCAAAAGGCACCAGAUGAAACAUGUCUCCUCCUCUACAGCUGCCAUCCAAAAGGGAAAAUAAUCAAACUGGAACACUUUCUUCUAUUUCUCCACUCUGAUAGCUAGCUGUUUGCACUAAAUUCUAUGGCUGGUUCCUAGGAGCUGGUAUUUGUUUUGGUUUUGUGUGUAUGUGUGGGUUUUUUUUAUAUUUUGCAGCUGAAUUUUGGUUUGGAAUCACCAACUCUGCCUAUUUUGUGAACCCCAAGACUUCAGACUUCAAAAUCACCUGCUGGCAAUUAAAAGAAGAAAUGAAUAAAAUGUUCCAUGAAUACAA